CAUUUCUCUUUCUACAUCUCUCUUUCCUAAAUCCAAAUCUUCAAUUCCAUCCAAUAACAAAAACUUUUCAAAAUUUAAACAAAAACCCAGAUCAAUCGUGAUCAUGUACACAAACACAAGAAGAAAUGGAGUCGAUUCAAUCGUAGAUGGGUUUUCUCUUCAUCCAUUACCAUACCCUGUUUUGUUAAUACUAGCAGUCAUCUUCAUCUUACUUGGUUUUCAAUGGUAUGGUUCAUAUGAAGAAGCAGUUGAAGCAACUGAAGAUAGUAUGGGAUGGGUUCUUUUGCUUAUGCCGAUUGUUCUUCUUUUGAUCGUUCGAUGGUUUCCUUAUUUUGAAGAAACUGGUCGGUGGGUAUUUGCUCCGACGUCUCCUUAUGGACGGUUGGCUAGGAGUUUGCCGACGGAGGGAAGUUCGCCGUGGGGGGUGGCUGCUAUGAUCUUGUUGUUGCUUGUUCUUGUGCAAUUUAGGUCUAGUUUUUUGGAAAGUUUGUUUGGUUGAGUUUAUGAUUAUGAAAAACUAUCUUUUUAUUUGUCUUUGUUUAUGUAUGUAUUGAGUCUUUUUCUUUGUUUAGUUAGAUGAAAAAGAGGUUGAUUUUCGGUUUGAGAUUUAAUAGAUCUUGUUUUGAUUGUUGUCAAGGUGAUGUGUUGAUUAUAAGUAGGUUUAAUUUAUU